AUGUACAAUGAAUUUAAACAAUAUGCUAAUGAAGAUACUAAAAUUGAUCAACGGCAUAUGAAUGAAUUAUAUGGUGUUGAAUGUCUAUUUCGAUUUUAUACAUAUGAUCUAGAAAAACAUUUUCGUCAACAUGUAUUUGAAGAUUUUCAACAAGAAACUCUUUGUGAUCAUGAAGCUGGUCAAUUAUAUGGUUUAGAAAAAUUCUGGGCGUUUUUAAAAUAUUCUCGACAAAAACCAAAAAUCAAUCUAAAACUUGAAGAAAUUUUAAAAAACCAUAAAAAUCUUGAAGAUUUUCGUGUUGAUGGUGCAUCAUUUCCACAACAAUUUUUUCCAACAAAAUCAAAUUAUACACCCGAAGCAAUUGCUGCUGCAGUAGCAAAGAACAGUGAUACAUCAAAUUCAUUGAAACCCAAUGGUGAACAAUAUCUGAACGAUGCUAAACUUUAUACACAAGAAUUUGGUGUUUUAGGAAGAAUUGGUAUUUGUUUAGCUAUUGUUGGUGGUGUGAUUAAUUCUAUGCUUUAUAACGUUGAUGGUGGUCAUCGAGAUGUUAUUUUUGAUCGUUUUCAAGGUAUUCAACUAGAUAUUAUUGAAGAAAGAACUCAUUUUAUGAUUUCAUGA